AAGUAUAGAUUAUACUCUUGUCUUUAUCUGUGGAUUAUACAUUAUACUGACGUGUUCUAUUUUCUUUGGUUGUCGUCAGUACUUUUAUCGUCAUAACAUUACGUGCGAUUUCAAGGCAAAAAGUCAAGCCAGUUAAUUUACUAAUUCUGAUCAGUGGCACAUACGCAGUCGAAAAGUGAGACGGUCUCAAAUAAUUCAAGUUUAUCUGUUUAUUAUUCGCGUUUCUACCUAAUACCUGUGACAUUUGGGUGAAAUCAAACGACAAAAUUAUGGCGUCAGUGGGCAUAAAUAACUUCAUAAAUUCCUUCAACAAUCGACUGGAGCCUCCAGUUAAGCAACAUCUCAAGAAUGUCUACGCCUGCCUGGCGAUGUCCACCUUGGCGGCUGGAGUGGGCGGCUCAAUACACCUAUUCACAAACCUACUGCAAGCAGGUUUUCUGUCUGGAAUUGGAGCCAUUAUCUUCUUCUUCCUGUUAAUAUCAACUCCCGAUGACAAUGGCAAAGGCAUGAUGAAAAGGGUGGGCUACCUCCUUGGUUUCGCCACAUUAACCGGCGUUGGAAUGGGUCCUCUGCUGGAACAUGUCAUCCUAGUCAACCCUAGCAUCAUUAUAACAGCAUUUAUUGCAACAAGUGUCGUUUUCGUGUCCUUCAGCAUCUGUGCCAUUUUCUCCGAAAGGGGAAAGUGGCUCUACUUGGGCGGCACUCUGUUUACCCUGCUAAACAGCCUAAUGCUCAUGAGCCUGGCCAAUAUCUUGUUUGGCUCCACUCUGCUAUGGAACAUCCAGAUUUACUUGGGCUUGUUCGCCAUGUGCGGAUUCGUGCUUUAUGACACCCAGGCCAUCAUUGAAAAGAGAAGAAUGGGCAGCAAGGACUUUGUGGCUCAUUCGUUGGAUCUGUUCGUCGACUUCAUUGGAGUCUUCAAGCGGCUGCUCAUUAUCCUUACUCAGAAGGAACAGGACCAGAAGAAGAAGAAGGGAAACAACUGAUGACUGACUAUCUGAACCCAAGACAGGCUUGUUUAGUUACGUAAUUUUUUGGUACUACCACUUUUAAAAUUUUGAUGUUUUCAAGGGGCUUUUGUACAUUUGCAAUCUAACUAUUGAGCUAUAGCGCUAUAUGAAAGCAAUAGUACUAUUAAUAAAAUCAUACUGUAAAAACAUUUUGCAACAACGUGGAUACUGAUACUACACUGAUGUAUGUUUUUGUUUGUACAUUUUAGUGAGUUUUCACAUAUUCAUCGGUUAUUAAUAAACAUUUAUCAUUAAA